AUGUGCCAGACUAAGAUGAGGGACCGACUCAAGCACAUAUUUCGUUCACCACUAUCGCUGCGCCGGGGCCAAAGGCCACCAAGCGAUUCAGCCGAUCAUUUACAAAAGAGUGGAUGCAUUACGGCUUUACCGCUAGAUACACCAGCGGAUUCAUCUACUCUCCCGGUAGCGGACUUCUGGCAGAAGGUGCUUCACAGGCUUUCUAUGGAAGAUCAAGUGUUGAUACAAAAACAUACUACAACCCGAUCAACUCCAUGUAUCGUUAGCGAUACGCCGGUCUUACUGCUGGAAGAAGUCAAGCAGAAACGGGAACUAUUUGAAAGUAGAAGGUGGAAUGUCAGUUUAAACGGCUACACUUUCCGCUUGAGCGAUAUUGCAAACAAGGUCAUGACAUGGUAUCAGAAUGUUGUUUCUGUCAUAGAAGUCUAUGUCCUAAUCCUGCAGUUUCUACGGACUGCAAUCCUGGCGUAUGAGCGAAGCACAAAGACAAGUACUUCGGCGACGUUUUGGACUCUCGAUUACAUUAACGAUUAUAACGCACGCUUUGAAGCAAUCAUUCCUCGCAUCGAUUACGAGGCUCAAAACUGUGAGCGAUGUUAUAGCCGCCUCGAUCGUGUUAUUUCUAUCGACCAAGUGAAAAGGUUAAAGCGCGUGCUUGAAGACAUGGAGAGAGUCAAGGCCCAUCAAAACGAGUUUCGAAAUAUGAAUAGUACUUUCCAAAACAUAUGGCGGUUUCUUGACGAUGGAAAGCGAGAAGACGUCCUUAGGUGGACAUCAGACAUUCCAUUUGAGGAUCAUCACUCAGUGGCGAGGACUGGCCGUACAGCAAAUACUGGUGGGUGGCUCUUUAAGCAGCGGGUCUUCCAAGAUUGGCAGAUAUCUGACGACUCAAUGAUAUUUUGGUUACACGGUAUACCUGGCGCUGGAAAAACGAAGCUUGUUUCCCGAGUUAUUGAUGAGUUCCUGCAGGUCCAGGGUCAGAAGCUGGUAUAUUUUUAUUGCAAUCGAAAUGAAGGACUUCGUCGGAAGCCGAAAGAGAUUCUUCGCAGCUUUGUCAAGCAGCUUUCAAUCACGGAUGAUCAAACCGUAAUCCAUGAGAGUCUUCUCCAAGUCUACAUGGAUAAGCGACAAAGAGGUUUCUCGUCAACGGACUUGAGCCUCGAAGAGAGCGAAGCGCUCCUAGCUCAGUUAAUUUCCAUAUAUCCGAAGACAAUAUUAGUGCUAGAUGCCCUGGACGAAAGCGAAGAAGGCUCGAGGCAAGGUCUCAUCAGUUAUUUCAGCCGACUCGUCGAGCAGAUACAAAAUUUGAAAAUCUUCAUCACCAGCAGACGAGACGAAGAUAUAGCAUGUCGGCUCAAAUCUAAGGCUAACGUUGGCAUCAAUGCAACAGAUAGUCAGGAUGACAUCGCGAAAUUUGUCUCACAAAAGAUAGAUGAAGACGAGAAAAACAGGGCUACCCCUAUCUCUGUUGAACUGAAAUAUGACAUUGUCCGUAUAAUUCUAGACAAGAGUCAGGGCAUCAGAUGCCCUCGUUUUCCUUCCCCAUACGUGGAUAUCCGAUUCAUCCUGGAGUCAUGCUCUAAUCUCCUUGUCAUGGAUUCCCGGCAGUUUUGUCAUCUGUCUCAUCUCUCCGUGAAUGAAUACUUCGAAAACCUUUGGGGCAUAGCCAUAUGUCAUGCCAAUGCUGCAAAAAUAUGUCUGACACUUAUGCUAGUCGCCAACAAUCAAUAUUCACAAGAAUCGUCCAUGUAUAAUGUUAUGAUUGACAACUUUCUCGCCUAUGCAACGCAGCACUGGUUUCUGCACAUAAGAAGAUAUGAGUACUAUAUCAGGAAUACAGGUGACAAGAUUGAUCCCCGUCUGUCGCAGCUUGUUGAAAGGUUCCUCGGCCGGGUCGAGGAAAGUGGGCCCGCCUAUAGGUCCUGGUGCGAACGUUGCGAGCACUUGCCAGGCUUCCCCAUAGAAGAUCUAAAGCCUUUCUGUAAUCCGGUGCUAGCAGUUUGCCGAUUCGGCUUUUACCGCAUCCCGCUCACAUUGUGGGAAUCCAAAUGCAUAAACACUAAUCAAACCAACAAAGCUGGGAACUCGCUUCUAGUGCUAACGGUCUUCAGCGAAAAUGAAUAUGCCGUUCAAAAGCUAUUGUCACUUGGAGCAGACAUCAAUGGACAGCUUGAUGGGUUGCUCUGUAGUGGGUCCGCUCUCGGUGCUGCCGCAUCAAUUGGCAAUCGAGACAUCAUCAAGCUCCUACUAAGCGCAGGAGCUCAGAUCAAUCAGAAGCACGCCGGAGGCAUCUACGGCGGUGCACUGGUGGCAUCAGUCGCAAACCCAGAAGGUAGGAAGGCCACUCAGCUGUUGCUAGACUCGGGAGCAGAGAUCAAUCAAGAGCUUGACUGUGGGAUAUUCGGCAGCGCUCUUGCUGCUGCCGCUGCUCGUGGAGCCGGAGGAUACAACAGUACAAUUAGCCAAUCACUACUCCGUGCAGGAGCUAACGUCAAUCAAGCCCUCACUAGUGGGAACUACGGCAGUGCCCUUGCUGCUGCCGCUUCAACACCCAUAGGCCAUGAGACAAUAAAGCUAUUACUUGCCUCAGGAGCGAAUGUCAAUCAAAGGCUCAUAUGGGGGAAAUAUGGUAGUGCUCUAGCAGCAGCAUCAUUUGGUAGCCCCGCAAACACCUCGCUCCUUCUAGACGCAGGAGCAGACGUCAACCAGUUGCUUACCUCUGGUUUAUACGGCAGCGCACUUGCGGCAGCAGCGUAUAGUCAAGCAAAACACAGCGUCCAACUCCUACUCAACGCAGGAGCCGAUGUCAACCAAAAGCUCACUGCGGGGCUUUAUGGAAGUGCUCUUGCAGCAGCGGUGGCCAAGCAGGGCGCCGAUGAGGAGAUUGUGCAGUUACUGUUGGAUGCAGGGGCGGACGUGAACCAGAAACUUUCCUCGGGACUUUACAGUAAUGUUCUAGAAGCAGCACGAGCACGAACUCGCCGAGAGCUUUACGAGAUACUGUUGGGGGUAGUCAUCGGGAAGAAUCAGAGAAAUUUCGGGUAUACCAGCUUAGAGGCCGUGGCAAUGCCCAUACGAACUCAGCUCUUUCUGAACCAUUGUUUGUCCAAUCUCAUAUGA